CUUUUGAAUGAAUAUACGUCUGUUCCCCAUCAUCUUGACUACCUCCUCUUGGACGCUCUUGUCAUCACUGUGAGAUGUUGGCUCUUCGGGUAAAUCAUUUUUCAUCUGGUUGAACUGUGAAGGGAGCUCUGAACCGUGCACGGCAGCGGCGAUGUUAACAAGGGUAAAUUCUUGUCCUUUGCCUGAGCGGAAAUGUGACCAGAUGAUGACGGCGGAGAGAACUGUGAACAACAAGGUAGACACGAUGACAUGGGGCAGGGACGAGGUGAACACGACUAUGGGGUUCGACAAGCGGCCGGGCACAUAUGCAGUUCCUAGAGUUCCCGACGUGUACGAUUUCGCGACUGAUUGCAGCAUGCGGGUGUAUGUCUCUGUGAGGUUAGCCAAGGGUAAAGCUGUGAUGUUGGUGAUCGAACCGGCACCACCCGUAGGAAUGUUAGCUAUUUCUCGUUCGCCAAA